AAUAUAUUACACGUUUUAAUUAGGCCUUCGGGCUGCAAUUAUCAGCUUUUUCUCUACACUGAGAGAAAAAUCUGAGAAAAAUUACCCUGCUGUUACUAUAAUCGUGAUGUAAAAGACACCUAAUGCAGGUUCUAUUGAUGCAUGUUACAAAAAUUAUGGGUUUUUAUAAAAAAAAUUACUACCUUGCUUAGAAUUUAUGUAUUUCGGCAGCACAAAAUUUGAAAUGUGACGACGCAUUUUUCUGACGUAGCACGGUAAAAACUGCAUUAGGUGUCUUCUACAUCACGAUUAUAGUAACAGCAGGGUAAUUUUUCUCAGAUUUUUCUCACCGUGUAGGCGAGUGGGUCGUCAUAUUCUCGAUUUGUCGCGUUUACUUUACUUUAGUUUUCUUGAUUUUUUGCUCCUCAUUCCUUCGAAACCUAACAUCCAGUUUUGCCUUCGUACGUUGUACAUACGUAUACAGAAGCGCGUGUAACACACGUAUACCUAUUGAUAGAAAAUCCUUAAGCGUCGGCAGUAGUCGGUGAUAUAAAUUGUAGAGUUGGUGCAGCCUUCGGAGAAACAAGGUUAUUGAGCAAUCUUCGUUGAUGCGAUAUUCAGACGACGUGUAGAAAGAUCUGGGAACGGUUCGACUCUAUCGGUUUUUAUUACCGCUGACCGAGACUCGGUCCAAUGAUGUUCGAGCGCGGUGUACGAUAUCUCUGAAAUUGAACGAUUAUUUUUUCACACUAGUAAGACAUUGUGCAAACGGAACGACACCGGCGUUGCCGCAAUUGUGCCGGGAUUCAAUCGAGACAGGUGUUCCCAGUCAAACGCAGUGUAAACGUGACGUGGUCGAUAUUUUCAGGUAUUAUCAGACACGUUCCGGGUGACUAUAGCUCGAGGCUUCGAUCAAAGUCGAGUCCAGUUGUCGAUUAGCGUUCGGAAAAUAUGCAGGAGGACUUGAAGAGAUUAGUACCGAGGAUCGUCUAUACCGCGGCACUGAGCGACAUCUGCGGCCAUGCAGGCUGCGCCGUUCAGCAGGUUCAGGAUCCGUUCGAAGGGAGUUACGAUGGUUCGGAGAAGCCGGUGCAGUUUUCGAAACAGAAAAGGCUUAGCAGGUCGCGAUCGAAGCGGAAUCCCCGAAAGUUGUCGGCGGCAUCCGCCGAUCGGCAGUCCUCCUCUUCCUCGAGGAGCCCGACGCCUCCGUGCCGCAAUGUCGCGAAUCGCUGCAAAAGAAUUCUGUCCAAGAGCCAAGGUGACGUCGAUACGGAGUCACCCUCAUCCGGGUACAAGGAGUACUUACAGUUGCUCACCGUUCCUCAUCCGAAUUCUGCGUUACUUGAGUGGGGAGAAGCUAGCGGCGAUGACCUCAGUUCGGAAUGGGAGUCCGACUACUCGGAGAGCAAAUACCAACUAGACAUUCACUCGAAAUCUGCCAUUUCCGAGAUUUCACAAUUAUGGUGUUUUUUCACGUCUUCCGAGAGACAUUGCUCGUAGGGAAUUAUUUUCGGAGUCCUACUAUAGCUACAAAAAAAGGGGGCUCAGGAUCCGAUCGAGUUGACAUGGAACACCCCCUAUAUGUUUCUAUCCAGAUCCGCCUUACAAGCUUCCCACUCACUUUCAGUCCA